AUGAUCUGUUGUUUGCUCUCCGAACCAGUCCCGGACGGACACCUGGUCCUCGUCGAACAACUGCAAGGUGCAUUCCCGCUACAGGUCGCUCGAUCCCUCAACCUUAGCUGGGUCAUCCGUGUCUGGAUCCAACUCCGGAACCCGACCGAUUCGGUUGUCGAGAUCCGACCUGCCGAUGCCAUGGCCACCCUGGUACCGAACUCCAUACAAAACCUUGAAACGGCGGACGCCACGGACCAGCACUCGCCCCGGAGUGCGAGCUUUCAGGAGGGGGGAAGGGGCGACGCGGAAAUGACAAAAGAAUGUCCGGAAGGCGACGUACACCCGGGAGGAGUAUGUGCAGCACUCCAGGAAAGCAAGGACAGGUCCCCGAUCGACUGGAAGGACUCCAGUCUCAGCCCGCCAUAG